AUGGCAUAGAAUGAAAAUGAGAUUUAUCGAAGAAUCAAAUUACUGGGAGAAGGUUCUUUUGGAAAGGCAUAUUUGGUGGAAUGCAUUCAAGAUGGAACCCUUUGUGUGAUCAAAUAAGUAGAUUUAAAUUAAAUGAAAGAAGAUGAAAGAAGAGAAACAAUCAAAGAAGCAAGAAUUUUAGAAGCUUUGAGACAUCCUAACAUAGUUAAAAUUCAGAGAAGUAGGUUAUGCAUUGUUAUGGAUUAUGCAGAUGGUGGGGAUUUAAGCAAUAAAAUCAAAUAGACAGGAUCAUGUCUCUUUAGUGAAGUAUAAAUACUUGAUUGGUUCACAUAAAUAUGUUUAGCAAUCAAACAUGUUCAUGAUAGAAAAAUCAUACAUAGAGAUUUAAAAACCUAAAAUAUAUUUCUAACUCAAGAUGGUAUUAUCAAACUUGGGGAUUUUGGAAUUGCCAGAGUGUUGAAUCACACAAGAGAAAAAUGCAAGACCAUAGUUGGAACUCCCUAUUAUUUAUCCCCUGAAAUCAUAGAAAGUAGAGAUUACUCAUUCAAAACUGAUAUUUGGUCUUUGGGCAUCAUCCUUUAUGAACUAUGUACUCCUCAAACCUCCAUUUAAUGCUGA